AUGGCUGCCUCCUCAAUAUCUUGCGAUCCCACCUUUUACACCGGACCUUCCUCUCCCUCCACAUUCAACCCCUCUCGCUUCUACCAAUCGGUCGCCCAAACACAAACAGGCAGCUCUAAUCCCCUCCAAGAUUUCACAGGCAUAGAACCUGGUAACUUAGCAUGGGGAAAUGGAAGACAAACAUGUCCUGGAAGAUGGUACGCGGGGGUUGUAAUCAAACUUGUCGUAGGAGCGAUAUUGGAGGGCUAUGAGUUAAAAUUUCCAGAGGGAGUGAGAAGACCAGAAAAUGUGUACUGGAAUGCAGGGAUUAUGCCGUGUGUUAAGCAGAAGAUACUUUUGAGAAAGUUGGUAUAA